GCACCUGGCCCAGAACCCUUUCAUCUGCGACUGUAACCUCAAGUGGCUGGCGGACUUCCUGCGCACCAACCCCAUCGAGACGAGCGGAGCCCGCUGCGCCAGCCCCGGGCGCCUGGCCAACAAGCGCAUCGGGCAGAUCAAGAGCAAGAAGUUCCGGUGCUCAGCCAAAGAGCAGUACUUCAUUCCAGGCACGGAGGAUUAUCAGCUGAACAGUGAAUGCAACAGCGACGUGGUCUGUCCCCACAAGUGCCGCUGUGAGGCCAGCGUGGUGGAGUGCUCCGGCCUGAAGCUCACCAAGAUCCCUGAGCGCAUCCCCCAGUCCACGGCCGAGCUGUGA